AUGUGCUACGACCGCUCCGUGUCCAUUUGCAAACCCCUGCACUACGGGACCCUCCUGGGCAGCAGAGCUUGUGCCCACAUGGUAGCAGCUGCCUGGGCCAGUGGCUUUCUCAAUGCUCUGCUGAACACAGCCAAUGCAUUUUCUCUAUCCCUUUGUUUUCUGUUCAUUCUUUUCUCCUAUGUGCAGCUCUUCAGGGCUGUGCUGAGGAUCCCCUCUGAGCAGGGAUGCCACAAAGACUUUUCCACCUGCUUUCCUCAUCUGACUGUGGUCUCCUGUUUACCAGGACGGUAG